AUGCCUUGUGCGCUCCCCUCCAGAGAAACCGACUCCUCGGAGACGUGCCCCGCAUUCUCCACCACCACGCCGCCGGCACCGGCUGAGCCGUCCGCGCGCCGCGUCCAGAUGGUGGACGACUUUCUUAGCUCCAACCUCUUCUCCAUGAGCAACAGCCGCCAGAUGCCCGGCUUUGGUGGCGAGCGCCAGGGCCAGGGCCAGGGCCAGGGCCAGGCCGCCGGCAACGCCUUAAUCCCGGCAUCUCGCACGGCUGGUGCUGGUGCUGGUGCUGGUGCUGGUGCUGGUGCUGGUGCCGGUGCCGGUGCCGGUGCCGGUGCCGGCGCCGGCGGCCCGCCGCCCUUCUACGCCUUCAUCCAGUCCCGCCGCGGCGACAACUUUGCCGACACGGUCCCUGCCGGCGCCGACGGGCCGCUGCUCGGGGAAGGCGGCGGCUCCGGACGGCAGUGGAGGACCGCGGCGGCCGAAGCGGCGUCGUCGUCGUCGUCGCCGACCGCCCCGGCGCCCAACGUGCUCGAGGUCGAGAGCAACGUGGCCGCCGGCACCGCGCGGCAGAUCAACGGCAUCCUGGGCCUGGACGAGCCCGGGGCCGGGGCCGGCGUGGUGCCGCCGGCGGGCCGGGCGACGCGGGCGCGCGUCGCGCUCAACGAGGCGCGCGACGAGAGCCACCAGAAGAACCUGGUCAUGACGGCCGAGAUGGCCCGCCUCAUGUUCUCGAGCGGCGGUCUGGGCUCCUGA